AUGGGGCUGGAUCGAAGCACGCUGAUACACGACGGCCUCCGUCUCCACGGUGGGGUCGUGUACCCUGGGAUCCGGACGCUGUCGGCAGAGAAGAGCCGAGACACACCUGGCCUCCCUCUCACUUACGGCAGGGACGGUCUCCCUGAGCUCAUUUUCAAGCCCGAUGGUCCUCUUGACAGUCGCAAGCCUGCAAAUGGAUACUUGGGCCUCUACAAGGGUACUCAUCCAAGUCUCCACAAGCCGGUGCUGGUUCCCGGAGCUGAUGGUUUAGGCUUGGAGCGCCGAGUGGGGCCGGGGGAAAAAGCCUCCGAACUCGGCCUGGCUGGUGGCGGGGCCAGCUACCUGAGAAUGCCGUGGCUCAGCCCUUACCCCGAAACGAACAUGUAUCCUUUCAUGGACACGUCCAAGUACGCGGCCCUGAACAUGUACAAGGCCUCCUUGCUCAGCCAGCCCAACCCGUAUCUCCCUCAGCAUCUGGCGUACCCGUCUCUUUGCGCGGCCCAGGGGGCGAGCGUCACCUCCGCCUCUGCUGCCGAGAGGCUCUAUUACAUGCCCCCCUACCCUCCCUCUCCCAUCUCUUCUCCCCUGGUGGCGCCUCCCAUGAGGAUUCCCGCCGUCACGGUCGCCCCCACAUCGUUGGUACACUGCCAAGACAAGGGACUUGGUGUGGCGCCUUCAUUUGCACAGCAGCUCCAUCAGCAGCACCAUCAGGCCGCCAUCGAGAGGGAGCGCUCCCCCAGCAGAAGCACUAGACCGAGCAGACCUCCCUCCAGGAAAGGCUCCAGCAACAACAAUAACGCCAGUAGUACCAGCACCAGUGGAAAUAACAACGGCGCGCCUGCUGAUAACUGUCACGCGUCCUCCCGCCUCCCCCAGCCCCCCCUCCACGACAAGGCGCUGGACUUGCAGAGGCCCGUGGCCCGGAUAGGGCAGCCGCCCACCUCCUCCUCGUCCUCGAUAUCCGCGUCCUCGGCGUCGACGCAGUCCAUUCCGCACCCCUUCUCUGUCAGCGGCAUGGCGUCGGAACAGCCUUCUCCGGCCCGGCCCAGCCCCCACAAAGCCAGGCCGAGGGACGGGGCCGCCGAGCACAGGGGUGCGGGGGCGGAAAAGGGACGCAGCAGGUCCCCUUCCAAAGUCAAUUUCGAGAGGCCGGCUCCGCCGUCCCAACCAACCAAAGACUCUGCAGAGAAGCCGCUGGAUCUGUCUGGGAGAAUGCUGGAGCUGGGACUGCCGGCCAACGGAUUUACGGUUAAGAUGGACGCUAUUGCGUCAGGUGCUCGUUAUGGACUUCCCCCCAGCCGGGAACUGCUAAAGGAAAAUCUAUCCCUCUCUCCCUCCUCGCAUCCUCAUUCUGUUGUCUGCAGCACUUCUUCAAAGGUCUCCGAGAGGCCAGAAAUGAUCAGCACUUUACACUCCUCCUGGGUUGUGCCAAGCCCGUCUCCUUCUCACACACAGCACACACUAGGCUUGCCGCCCUCUCCGAGGCCAAUGGCAGAGCUGGGCCUGUCGCAGGCCAAGGGUUCCUCCCCCUCCGUCAUUAAGAACAAGGGUUUAGAGCGGGUUCACCCCCAGCAACGGAGCUCGUCCUGUCCGAGGAUAGGAGAGCCUAAUCACAACGUUCCCUCCACGCAGCACUCGAGCUCCCCCCUGGUCAACUCCCGGACUCAUUCCCCCAAACCCAGUGGCGAAUGGGUCAAGCAUAGCCCCAGUCAGUCCGACCAUCACAGAGAGGCACCGGAGAAGUCCUCGCAGACCACUAAGAGAGGCGAGACGGCUCCAGAGGUGCCGUCCUACAAGAGACCAUGUUUGGAAAACGGCCACCCCCCUAGCCACCUCUACCUUCCUCAAAGUGAAGCUUACCUGAACCACAGUCUGGCUUACGCCAACCGAUACCUGCACUACCCCAUCCCCGAUGGCAUGGCACUACACUCGGUGCCGAUUUCAGGGAAGGGCCCCGUCUAUCCUCACCCAGUCCUGCUGGGCAACAGUAGCCUUUAUCCAACCCACCUGGCGGCAAAACACCCUUUAUCUUACCACAACCUCCCAGCCGGGGAAUACCUCACUUACAACUCGCAGGAGAUGGCCCAUCCCUUGAUGCAGACGCACCCUGACAACAAGUUGCCGGACAGGGCAGAGACGACACUGAAGCCUCGCGGCCAGGAGAAAUCCAGGGGCCCGGCGGAGGAUUGCGGGAGCCACCGGGAUCACGGCGCCGGCAAAGACACUGGCGAAAGCAACCAAACAAAGGCGGACAGAGAAGCAGGAGCUCAAGGACAGGGCGGGAGUCAAAGCAAAAACCAGUCUUCAGCCGUAGCGUCCAGAGAAAAGAUAGUCUGCAUCGACCUUGUGCACUCAGACACCGAUGUUGAGUCUAGUCCCACGGUCCACAGGCGGCCCUCCUCUGAGGCUAGCUGCAAGGCUAACCAAAGCGAAUGUCAUAGUAACCAAAAUCUGACAAAGGCUGACUACGAUCCAAAACACCAGCACCACCCCUAUUCCGUCCACGCCGGAGACUUGAAGUCCAGCCACGCCGACGGACACCCCGACGCCGCCUUUGGGAAAGCGGCGGCGCACCAGGAGUCCGCCUGUCCGCCCGGGGCGGCGUCCGGCGCCUCCCCGGCUUCUCCGGGGCAGCUGUCGCAAGGAGAGGACAGCUCGGACGAACAGAGCCCCGGCCCAGACCCCGACGAGGAGGACCAGAGCACCCUGCGCUGCGCCCGCACCUCGGGGGAGCGCAGCUCUGGUAAGGACAAGGGGGCCCGAGCGCCCAGCUCCUCUCCGGACCGCGCCGACUUGGCGGAGGAGUCCGAGCGGGAGAGGGCUUGCAAGCGGGAGAGCGAAAAGGAGGACAGCAUCGUGGAUCUCGGGGAGUCUCAAGGCGAAGGGGACGAGGAUGAAGAGGAGGGUGGUCAGGCCUCCUCCAAAAGCGCCCGCAGAUCCAGCCUGGCCAAGCGCAUUGCUAACUCCUCAGGCUACGUUGGCGACCGCUUUAAGUGCGUCACCACCGAGCUGUACGCUGACUCCAGCAAGCUGAGCCGCGAGCAGAGAGCGCUGCAGCGGGCAAUGAUGCGGUUCUCGGAGCUGGAGCUGAAGGAGAAGGAGGGCGGCGGCGGCGGUGGCGGCGGCGUUUGUGUGUCUGCCUCGGCAGCAGCAGCAGGACGGGAGCUGGCAGACGGCCAGCGCAGAGAGCGAGCGCUGGAGCCCUGCCAGCACACCACCAGGCAGGCGGAGAGGGAGGAGGUGCCCGAGGCGCAGACGCCUUCGAGCCCACGAGGAGGCCCGGAUCAAGACCGUGCCUGCUCAGACGCGGAGGGAGGGAGGGAGGGGGGAGGAGAGACGACUGCUGGCGCGGGGAAGAAAAGAGCCGGACCGGGGGUGGACACCGGACCGGGGGCCAACGCGUCUCUUGCGGGGGGAAGUGACCCGUGCGCUCCAGACCUCGUCGGAACAAAAAGCUUUGUGGAGCGCUUGGAGAGAGAGACAGAGAGAGGGAGGGAGAGCGCAUGA